CCGCCGGCGCCCCAAAGGAGCACAGCUUCUCCGUGCGCCUCCGCCGCCGCCGCUCCCGCGGAGCUCCACUCGGGCGCAUCGCUCCCCCGAUGGAGCUCGGGCGACGCCGCUGCUGCCCGGAGCCCUGAGUCGCGCUGCCCGCCCGGAGCAUCGCGCCCCAGGGUGCAGGGCGCCCAGGCGCACGCACAAGGCAGGGGGCUGUGAGGGGUACAGGAGCCAAAAAGUGCUGCUCUCUGGGGUCACCAGGCCGGCGGAGGGAGGGGGUACCAUGGCUUUGAAGGACACGGGCAGCAGCGGCGGCACCAUCCUGCCAAUUAGCGAGAUGGUCACCUCGUCCAGCUCACCCGGCGCUUCGGCAGUCGCCGCUCCGGGGUCCUGCGCACCCUCGCUUUUCCCCGAGGUGGUGGAACUGAACGUGGGUGGCCAGGUCUAUGUGACCAAGCACUCGACGCUGCUCAGCGUCCCCGACAGCACUUUGGCCAGUAUGUUCUCGCCUUCUAGCCCCCGGGGCGGCGCUCGGCGCCGGGGAGAGUUGCCCAGGGACAGCCGGGCGCGCUUCUUCAUCGACCGGGACGGCUUCCUCUUCAGGUACGUGCUGGAUUACCUGCGGGACAAGCAGCUCGCCCUGCCCGAGCACUUCCCCGAGAAGGAGAGGCUCUUGCGCGAAGCCGAGUACUUCCAGCUUACGGACUUGGUCAAGCUGCUCUCGCCCAAGGUCACCAAACAGAACUCGCUCAACGACGAAGGCUGCCAGAGCGACCUUGAGGACAAUGUUUCGCAGGGCAGCAGUGAUGCGCUGUUGUUGCGCGGGGCGGCGGCCGCCGCACCCUCGGGCCCCGGAGCGCACGGUGGUGGCAGCGGCGGCAUGCCCGACAAGCGCUCGGGUUUCCUCACCUUGGGCUACCGCGGCUCCUACACCACGGUCCGUGACAACCAAGCGGAUGCCAAGUUCCGGCGUGUGGCGCGCAUCAUGGUGUGCGGGCGCAUAGCGCUGGCCAAGGAAGUCUUCGGGGACACACUCAAUGAGAGUCGUGACCCAGACCGGCAGCCUGAAAAGUACACGUCCCGCUUCUACCUCAAGUUCACCUACUUGGAGCAGGCGUUCGAUCGCCUGUCGGAGGCCGGCUUCCACAUGGUGGCGUGUAACUCCUCUGGCACGGCCGCCUUCGUCAAUCAGUACCGCGACGACAAGAUCUGGAGCAGCUAUACUGAGUACAUCUUUUUCCGACCACCUCAGAAAAUAGUGUCACCUAAACAAGAACAUGAAAGUAGGAAACAUGAAAAAGUCACAGAUAAAGGAAGUGAAAGUGGGACUUCUUGUAAUGAGCUCUCUACUUCCAGCUGUGACAGCCACUCAGAGGCCAGUACUCCCCAAGACAACCCACCCAAUGCUCAGCAGGCUACAGCUCACCAGCCUAACACCUUAACAUUGGAUCGCCCCUCCAAAAAGGCACCUGUGCAGUGGAUGCCUCCACCAGACAAACGCAGAAACAGUGAACUCUUUCAGACACUCAUCAGCAAGUCUCGAGAAACAAAUCUUUCCAAAAAGAAAGUCUGUGAGAAGCUAAGUGUGGAAGAAGAAAUGAAAAAGUGUAUUCAGGAUUUUAAAAAAAUCCACAUUCCAGAUUAUUUUCCAGAGCGCAAACGUCAAUGGCAAUCUGAACUGCUGCAGAAAUAUGGGUUAUAGUUAUGAUUAUAUUCCUGUGGUAUUUUGAUGACAUUCAAUGUUUACUACAGUAUCGCACCACCUGACUAAUGGUCGGUGUGAAUUUUGCUGCUCUUCCUUUUGUGAACAGUGGAUGUGGGACAGUAUUUUAUUUCAUUAUUAUUUUGUUGUUGUUGUUUUUGAAACAUGAUUUUAAAAUGAAGCCAAUAAAUGUUGAAUCAAAAUGGUUUAUCUAUCUAAUUCAAACCAUUUUGCAGGAAUGAAAGUGAAAUGUGCAUGAUCAAGAAGCUGAGAAUCCUGAUUUUUGAACUGUGGCCAACUGGACACGUUUGUCAUUUUGUAACUCACCAAAAACAAAUCAUCAUAUCACACCAACUAAAAUGACAAUAUGGGUGAAGCACCAUCAAGUAAAAAUUUUAGAUGAUGGUUUUAGGUCCCAAAUCUAAAACUGUUUAAAUGUUAAUGCAAUAAAACAAGUAUUAUUUUUUGCAUGAGCACAAUGUUACAGAUAAAACACAAGAAAUAGGAAAGAUCUGUUUGUUGCUUGGAAAGAAAAUAUUAUAAAAUUAAAGCAAAAAAAUAAGUUUCAGGCAAAGCCUAUAAAUGUAAGCUGUCUAGAAGAUUGAACUUUCUUUGUUCCAGAUGUGCGAUUUUUUUUUGUGUAUGUUUAUGGUGUUUCUGUAUGUUAAGAUGGUGUAAAUAUGCCUUAUACUGUUGUGUUGUGGCAUCGACAUUCAUCUAUUAAUGCUAGUCCUGAUUCUUUCUGUGAAAUGAGUCUUUUACAUCAGGCUGUGAAAAUUGGUAUAAUGAUGCUCUGAAAGAUCCUAUUAUUAUGUUAAUCAAAAUAAUUGAGGGAAAUGGUAAAGAGCUUUAUGUAUUUAUUAAAAAAGGAAAAAUGUGUUACAA